GUCUGCUCUGAAGGCUCUUGUAUGGUGGCGUUAUAAAAAAAUAAAAAUAAAAAAAAUGUCUAGUUUACCUGGAACUUCCAAACCACAAGAGUUGGAGGCCAGUGUUAUUGCUGCUGCACAAGGCCUCAUAAACGUGCUAACACAAAACAUUCAGCAGCAUCACACCCCAGCACAGCAGAAUCCAUUGCAUGAGCACCAGAGUCGACAGCAAGCACAAACAACAAAACAAACUGUGCAGGAGGAGAUGACCAGGUCAUUUCCUGGCUUCUUUACCAAAAAGAAAGGCAAAACCGCUUUUCACCCUUACAAACCACUCCAGGGAAGCCGAAAGUCUGUAAGAUAUUCAGUGUGUAUGUAUAUUUGGUGAAUAAGGGCUGUACCAGCACACCUUCUGCAGCUGAAGAGCUGGAGUUGAGCCAAGCAGGGUUGGGGAAGAGGUCCCUCACUUUGACGGAUGAUAUGAGCCAUGAAAUGGUAAAUAAAAUUCUCAUUGAAGAAUAUCCCAAAAUGGAGGGGGUGGAAGGGUGGUUGUUCUACAAGGCUUCAGGUGGCCACGGUAGAAGGAAAUUGCUUGCCAUUCCUCCUGAUAUAGAUGGUUAUACUGGUAGACUUAUUCGCAGUGUUUCGGGUGCUGGGAAGACGACCAUGUACAUUGUUCCACUGCAGCAGGACCUUGAUCUUACUCCACUGCCAUCUGAUGCCACUGAAUUUCAAAAAAUGCCUAAGGCUGCAUGCCAAGUGUGCAAAGAAAACAUGCCUCUGCAUAUCCUAGCAUUGCACAUCGAGGAUUGUAUGGAGUCUGCAGCAGAUGAUGAUGAUGUUAAUGCAUAUAACAGAGAAGAUAUUGCAAAACAAUACAUGUAUAUGGACUGUCAAAAUGAGGUCCAGGUUCUUUCUGUCACAAACUCACCACCUGUUCACCCUAACAAGGAGUCCAGAGAUUGUGACCAGGAUAGAAAGGAAUGCCCUAUAUGUUGUGCCUGCUUUCCAUCAGAUGAAAUUGUUCUGCAUGCAAGCCUGUGUGGUGAAAGUCUACAAGACACGUUGAACUACAGUUCAGACAGCUGUGUGCUACACGAGGGAAGCUUAUCUAUGGCCGACAUGUCUAGUGAUGAUGAUGUACUCCAGUGGCUUGCAAGCCAAGUAGAUGCAAGCAAAGAUUUUAAGAUCUGCAUCACCCGGGACAACCUUUUCCAAAGAGGCCUAAUUCAGUGGCAGAGACAGAAGAAGGGCUCACCUGUUAACAAACUCAAUGUGACUUUUAUUGGCGAAGCUGGAAUCGACACUGGAGCAUUAAGUAAAGAAUUUUUGACUGAAAUGAUGCAUGGUAUUGAGAGGCGACUGUUUGAGGGUAGUGGCAAGAAGGGAAAGAGUCUUGUCUACUCGAUUUGUGACCUAGAAAAUGGUUUCUACAGAACUGCAGGAGAAAUAUUUUCUGUCAGCCUAGCUCAGGGUGGCCCAGCACCAUGCUUCUUCAGAAAUUGGUGUUACCAGUUUCUUACAACAGGGGACUUUGAUGAUCUGCAGCUGACCAAAGAUGACUUGGAUGAUCUUGAAUAUGCUUUACUCAUAGAAAGGGUGGAGUCAGCAACUGAUCUGACACAGUUCACAGAUGAAAUCGUGAGUUGUGGUUACACAGGUUUGCUUAAGUUGGACCAAAAGGACAGUAUCAUAAGAGCCAUUGUUUUGCAUGCUACAAUGCGUCUGACUCCUAUGCUUCAGCAAAUUAGAAAUGGGAUGAAGGUAUACAACCUUCUGGAUGUGAUUGGGAAGCAUCAAACUCUCUGCUCAAACCUGUUUGUCCCCAAAGAGGAUGAUGACAGACCGGAUGCUGAUUACAUAAUGAGUAUCCUAGUCCCUGAGCUGAGUGAGAAGGGAAGUCCAAGGCAAGCAAGAGAAAAUGCAAUCAUCAACUUCCUCCAGGACUUUCUACAAGACCUGGAAAUCACAGGUCAGAAUGAAGACCAGCAAAUGUGUGAGCCUCUGACCCAAGAGGAGCUGCUUAGUCAAGAAGGGCACUGGAAUCAACAAACACACGUGAGCCUGUCUGUCCCGACAGUGAUGCAGUGGUUAACUGGACAAAGGCACAAGCCCCUUCUUCCAUCAGAGAGGGCCGAUUUUAAAAUAAAUCUAAGAUUUGAACACCACUGUAAUGAAAAAAUGCCAGGUCACCAAAUUUGUUUCCCACUUGUAAGUGCCUGCACAAAUACAAUAACUAUUCCCGUUGAACAUAUGAAAACAUACAAGGAGUUCAGAGAUAUAUUGACAGUAGCAAUCAGAAUGGGUAGAGACUUUGGGCGAGUUUAG